UCUCCUAAACUUCCCACACGCACAAGUUAAACUGACAGAGCCUGCCCCAUGCUGACCAGAGUGGACAGUCAGCUCGAGUAAAGUGGAGUACGCAGUCUGUAAAGUAACGUGGAGUUACACAGCGCGUGCAGCUCACUUUCGGAUCGUAUUAUACUUCAGCGCUACUUUCCAGUAAAAUAAGGCACUGAAAUGAAAGAGGAUUAUUACCGCCACUGCAACAUGGCACUUCUGUUCAAAUGGCUUUGGGACUGUUUUUCGCCAUGAGUACCCAUUCUCGCGCGCAUCGGCCGUCCUGAGGCACGAGGAAACAUCAAACCACCUGUUGUAAAUGCUUUCGGGGAGAAAAAGAAAACUUCCCACGGAUAUAACGCACACUGUCACCCGCGCACGUGUCAACACAUCACAUUUGGAUCGCCAACCUUAAUCAGUGUCCGAGAUGUGACAGCAAGAGGAGUUUUUUCCCCUAUCCUUGCAAUUUAAAAUAUUUACAUUAUUAUUAUUAUUACUAUUUUUAAACAUCUGCCAGCGGAUCGCGCGCGCGCACGGUGGACAGCGUCAGAGCGGUAGAAUGAGGAAUGACGCGCGUGCACGAUGGCCCGAGAGGACUCGGUGAAGUGCCUGCGCUGUCUGCUUUACGCUAUCAACUUACUCUUCUGGCUAAUGGCUCUGUGUGUGCUGGGAGUGGCUGCUUGGCUUAGAGAUUACCUGAACAAUGUGCUCACCUUAACUGCAGACACCAGGCUGGAAGAAGCAGCGGUCCUCACAUACUCCCCUGCGGUUCACCCCGUUGUCAUCGCUGUGUGCUGUUUCCUAAUCAUCGUGGCCAUGGUGGGCUACUGUGGCACGCUGAAAUGCAAUCUGCUACUCCUCUCCUGGUACUUUGGCAGUCUGUUGGUGAUCUUCUGUGUGGAGUUGGCCAGCGGCGUGUGGACAUAUGAGGAGCCAUCAGUGCAGAGGUCAGAUAUGAUCAGCCUGAAGUCACGUAUGCCCAACUACGGCCUGCAGCGCUACCAGUGGCUAACACAUGCCUGGAACUCGUUUCAGACUGAGUUUAAAUGUUGUGGAGUGAUCUAUUUCACCGAUUGGCUAGAGAUGACGGAGAUGGAGUGGCCACCUGACUCCUGCUGCUCCAAUCAGUAUGUAGGCUGCGCUCGCCACGCCCACUACAGUGACCUGAGCGACCUGUACCAGGAGGGCUGCGGUCCCAAGAUAUACAGUUUCAUUCGAGGCACGAAGCAGCUGCAGGUCCUUCGCUUCCUGGGCGUGUCUAUAGGAGUGGCACAGAUCCUGGCCAUGACGCUGACCCUCACGCUGCUCUGGGCACUCUACUAUGACCACAAACCUCCGGAUCCUACGCCGCCUGAAACUCUUACACAUACACACUGCCUAACUGAAGAGUCCCAAAAACCUGGACACGGGUAUCUACGGACAUCUGACACCUGGGCUAACGGACACAGCCAGUUUGAAAUGGAGCAGCUUUGCUAGCAAACACUGUAUGACACAAAUAAACGGUCCAGUUUCUUUACAGUUCUGUACAGCCAUCGAUACAAAGAUUUAGCAACUCUUCUUUCUUUUAAACAUCUAAAACAUAUGGAGCUUGUCCUGUGAACUGGAAUUGCAGCCAAAAAUGGGGAUGAGGUGGCAAGGAAAUGUCCUAUACAGGCAGGGAUGCACCCUAUAUGAGCAAGGAAGUGCUAUAUACAACAGAAAAGUGCCCUAUACGAGCAAGGAGGCGUCCUAUACGAGCAAGGAGGCGUCCUAUACGAGCAAGGAGGCGUCCUAUACGAGCAAGGAAGUGCCCUAUAUAAGCAAGGAAGUACCCUUUAUGAGCAAGGAAGUGCCCUAGAUGACCAAGGAAGCGCCCUAUACAAGAAAGGAAGUGCCAUAUCCAAGCAAGAAAGCACCCUAUAGAAGCAGGAAAGCGCCCUAGAUGAGCCCUUUAUACCAAGAAUACACAUUAGGAUGCUGCUGAAUCCUCACAACAUGCCCUUAAAACCUCUAAACACUCAACCAAAGAAGAUUAUGGAAAUGGAUCUGAAAAGCUAUUCAGCACUCCCCCCUAAAACCACUGAGCUAUAAAAGACUGGAGGAGGCUACAUGGUUUUUAUGUUCAUAUUUUAACCUGACAAUUCAGGAUUUAAAGGGCUAUAAUCACUAGACAUACGCAUAAACUUGGGUCUUAACUGUUUUUUUUAAUGGUGUAUUAAUGAAUUCUCCGGUAUUCUAUGUUUUUUUUUUUUGGAUGUACCUCUUACAUGUCUUAAUUCACUAGCACUGUGAUGUAAAUUCUAGGCCAGUUUUAGACAAUAAAACCUUACAGCAGCGGCUUUGCUAUGAGAAUGCUGUACUUUGUAAUUACGUAUCAUGUACACUGAAGCAUGUGUGUGAAUUACAGUGCAUUUAACUAUCUUUUUAAAUCAGAUUUUCUAAUGUGUGUUUGGUGAAACUGUGCUGAAAUGUAGUCCAUAGCUUGCUUAAGGGUAUUUACAGACUGAAUUACAGUUCCAUUCAGCAGGAAGCAAUAGGUAUAAUGUGUAUUGUAAUGACCGCAAACUGUGUUUAUUACAAUAGCACAGUUUGCAGUCAUUAAAAACACUCUACACCUAUAGGAGAAUAAUCAACACUGGGGUGGGAACAGCGGAUGGGAUUUAAGGCUUCCUCACAGAAGGAAAAAUUAAACAAUAGAAGUGUUCUCUGUUUUCUUGCAACAUGAUAUACAGACAGGUGAUAAAUUUAAGGGGGUAAAAAUGACCUCAGGCUUUCACAAGUUUCAAACCAGACCUUUCUAAAAAAAAUGAAUUGUCCUCACAGCAUAGCAAAGCCAUAAUUUUAUCCGUUUAUCUAUUUUGGUGGGCAAUGCUAAUCUUUACAUUCACUCAGUUCCAACAACAGAAAACUUCGUUUGAAUCAACAAUAGUUUGUUCAUUAAAUGGCUCUUUGGUAAA